UCUGUAUUUGAUGUCAUCUGUCAAACACCAAAUAAUAACCUAUAUCAAUAUUAUUUUCGAUAUUUUGAUUUCACGAACAAUUAUUAAAAAUGUCGGCGUCAUUAGACUCAACUUUGGACCCUAUGGAAGAAAUCCGUUUCAGGAAAAAGCACGGAGCCAUGUGGGUCGAAAUACAAAAAGAUACUCACUUUUCCUUCGACGAACUAGAACAAAUUAUGGUGAUAUUCUUCAAAAUUCAAAAAAGAGACGAGAAAUCACCGGGUACCGACCUCAUAUCAAGGGGCCACUUCAGGGAUGUUUUGCACAAUGGCCUCGGAAUGACGGACGCAUACAUGAUGGAACGUGUCAUGGUGGCCCUAGACCGAGGCACCUCGCCCUUCGUUACCAUGGCAACCUUCGCUAAAGCCAUGUCGCUGUAUCUCCGAGGCGAUCUCGAUGAACGCAUUUCUUAUGCGUUUACUUGCUACGACUUACUGGGCGAGGGUCAUUUGCGUCGCGAGACCAUGUAUCAGCUGAUGAAGAAAAGUUUAGCGAAAUCCUCGAGGGAUGACGACGUGGAAGAAGCUGUGAAGGAGUUGGUUGAUAUCAUGUUAAAACGCAUGGAUCCAGACUUGGACGGGGUGAUAAACUUCACUGAUUUCCGUGAUUCAGUGACGAAGACGCCGUCUUUACUGGAGAGCCUCGGAUACUGCCUGCCGGAGAGACCUGCUGUUUUUGCUUUCAUCGCUACUUGGUGCCCGAAAUGGGGCAAAAUGUAAAUGCAUUCAGGGAUCGUCGAAGUUCCCCUAAUACUGAUUUAAUCUUCAACUGAUAAAUGCCAAUUUGACAGACUAAGCUCACGGUUUUGUUUAAUGUUGUCAAAGAUUUAAUUUUUGCCUGCGUAGCUUCUAAGUUGAUUAUUGUGAUUUUGAGUAAUUUCAACUAAAAAAAUGGAAAUCUUUGAUGGCAAUAAGUAAUUUGAAGAUAUCCGUGAGCUUUGCUAACAUAUUUCUACGAAAGGAACGACUGUCUUUUUUAUCAUGUUUAUUAUACGUUUUGUUUAACAAUAGUCGUGUAAUU